UUAGAGCCCACGAUGGCACGGCUGCUGUCGUCUCUGGGCCUUUGGUGCCGGGUCCGUGCCUUCCCCUGCCUGCUGCUCUGCUACCUGCUCUUCAUCCUGCUGGGGGGUCUGGUGUUCUCGGCUGUGGAGAGGCCGGUGGAGCAGGAGCUGAGGUUGGAGGCGGAGGAGCUGCUGCGCUCCUUCCUGCAGGAGAACCCCUGUGUGCGGGGGGGCCGGCUGGUGGAGCUGCUGGGGAAGGCUCUGUCCGCUCACCAGAGGGAUGUAGCCGUUCUGAAGGCGGACGCUGGGGACAGAGGAUACGAUUUCACUUCUUCGCUGUACUUUGUCAUCGUCACCCUGACAACCAUGGGUUCCGACUCCUACACCCCGACAUCUGAGAAAGCUAAGCUCUUCUGUAUCUUCUACUGCACCCUGGGGAUCCCCCUCAGCCUGUUCCUCCUCACCCUCCUCUCCAGCCUCCUCCUCCCUGUGGUCACCCAUGCUCCUGUGCUCCACCUGCAGAGGUGCUGGGGUCUGUCCUACAGCAGGGCGGCUGGGGUCCACGCCGGGCUGCUCUCUCUGCUCGUCCUCUCCCUGCUCUUCCCUCUCCCUGCCCUGCUGGUCUGCAUGGUGGAGCCCGACUGGAGCUUCCUGGACGCUCUCUUCUUUUGCUUCGUCAUCCUGAGCACCGUGGGCCAGGGGGGGAACUCUCUGGGGAGGAGCUGGGGCCCGGCGGCCAAGGAGACUCUCCAACUGCUCACCAUGUGCUACCUGCUGGCGGGCCUGGUGGUGAUCAUCACCUUCAAGGACACGGUCCUGCAGGUUCCCCGGGUCUGUGCGGUGAUCAGGCUCUUCUCUGGCCCUCAGUAUGCAGAGCUGGAAGGUGUCCAUCUCAGUGAGCUGACACUGAGCGAGGAGAUCUGUGAGGAGGAGCCUCAUUACUCCCAGUCCAUCUGCACCGUCUCCUCCACUCCCCUAGAGCUGAUGCGCCCACGUUCUGUCCCACAAAGACAGAAGACCUAAAACCACCUGACCUCCACAGCUGGACACCAAACCACCCACAGCCCACUGUAUUGUUGACUGGCAAGACAGAUCAAAGCUCAGUAUAUGCUGGAUCCUCAACUUCCCAUGAUGCAACUCACGUGACAUCAGUGAGGCAAGCAGUCCGACAAAUUUACCAAACAAACCCCCACGUUAGCCAUCAGAGAAGGAAGAGGAAGAGAAAUGGAAGGUAAACGAUUAUCAUGACCAUCAUACUUUCCCUGAUGGAUUAUGAGGAACAUUUCACUGCUUUGUUUUCGGUUUGACCUCAAAAUAAAGUGAAUUAUACAGUCUGGAUUAGAUUUUUUCCAACCUGUUGUUGUCAA